AUGGAAAUAUUCACUGAUAACGGCCUUUGUUACCCUUUAUGCCCAUCCACUUCAUCCCAGGAUGCCAUCACCGGACAAGGACAAGAGAUUCAGGUAAGAGUAGUUUUAGUUGCCAUAAUGGCCGAUGUAGAGAUGGAGCAACCCAAAGUUGAACCCAAAGAAGAAGGAACUGAACAAAAUGGAAACGCUGACAAGGGUGAAAACAAAACUUCUGAAUACGAGGAGAAUGAAACAUUCAAGAAGUUGCUGUCGCAGCAAAUGAAAAAGUCUGUUGCUGAAGCCCUAAUGAAGCUGUUCGAUAGCGGAUACAUGACAGCUGAAGAUGUCGACGAGCGAGCCGUAGAAAUGAUGAACUCGUUCCCGGAAGAACAAGCUCGCUACAUUGUUGAUCAAUUGAGGGAGGCCGUUGAGCACUUUGACAAGACAGAUUUGAAACCAGUGUUCAAAGCUGUAUCCUGUGUUUUACAUCAUUGUCAAGAUCGUCAGUGCGAUAUGGAGUCGCGGCUGUUCGGAGUGCAAAACAAGGCCCAGUACUUGAUGUCCCUCAUGCGUAACUUCCGUGACCGCGUCCGCAAUCAGGGAGCUCAGUCUGUCAUGGCUGGAAAGCUCAUCACUGGACCAGAUCCGGACAAGAUGGCUGAAAUUCUGAAAAGAACCGGAUACUCGUUGGAAAUCACCGUUGGACAGCGCAAAUACGGAGGACCAUGUCCCGGAUGGGAAGGCCCAGCAACUGGACCUGCGGGUCAGGGGCAUGAGGUAUACGUUGGACAUAUCCCGCAUGAGCUCUUUGAGGACGCUCUUGUGCCCCUCUUCGAGCAAUGCGGAAAGAUCUGGGAUCUGCGCUUGAUGAUGGACCCGAUGUCAGGCAAAAACCGUGGCUACGCGUUCUUGACGUUCUGCGAGAAGGCAUCUGCAGCAGAGGCGGCUAAGAAGUAUGAUGGACACGAAAUUUUGCCCGGAAAAGCUCUGAAAGUGAACGUCUCUGUCGCAAACACACGUCUGUUCCUUGGAAACAUCCCCAAGUCGAAAACUAAAGACGAAAUUCUUGAGGAGCUCAAAAAGCACGCAGAAGGUGUCACCGACGUGAUUGUGUACACGAUACCAGAUGCCACUGAACGACACAAGAACAGGGGCUUCUGCUUUGUGGACUUUGCCGAUCACAAAACGGCCUCCGAUGCGAAAAGGAAAAUCCAGCAACACAAGAUUCGACCCUUCAAUAGCGAGCUUGUUGUCGACUGGGCUGAGCAACAGGAUGAGCCUGAUGAGGAGACCAUGAACAAAGUCAAAGUUUUGUACGUCCGAAAUCUCAAGGAGUGUGUGACGGAAGAGAAGUUGAAAGAGAUCUUUGGUACGUUUGGAGAAAUCGAGCGCAUCAAGAAAAUCAAGGAUUACGCUUUUGUACAUUUCAAGGAACGAGAUCCAUGUGUUAAGGCCCUAGAAGAGUGGAAUGGUAAAGAGUUAGAGGGUGUCAGCAUUGAUUGCUCAUUGGCCAAACCACAAACUGAAAAGAAAAAGAAGCCAAUGAUGCGUGGUCGUGGUAUGGGUAUGGGCAUGGGCUUCGGAGGUCCACCAGGAGGAUUCGGUGGUCGAGGUCGCGCCAAUAACAUGUAUCCCAACAUGGGAUUCGAUGACUACGGUUACGGAGGAGGAUAUGGCAUGGGAGGUGGUUACGGAGACUAUGGUUACGGUAUGGGAGGAGGUGGUGGCGGCUACGGUGGUGGCGGCUAUGGAGACUUCCAAAACGGAGGUUACGGUGGUCCCCAAGGAGGGUUCGGAGGUGGACCCUUCGGUGGCGGCGGCUUCGGCGGCCGCGGCGGUGGUGGUGGCUUCCGUGGCGGCCGCGGCGGAAACCGAGGAGGAUUCGCAGGACGUGGCAAGCGACCGGGAGAUCGAUCCGGUGGUCCAGCGUCGAAGAGGGAUAACGGUGCGCCAGACUUUUCGGCCGAUGUAAACAUGAGCUCGUUCUAGAUUUGAUCUGAUGUUUCUUCUCCCGUAUAUUCCUCUUGAAUGUCUGUUAUAUUGUGCUGUGCAUACUGGCAGUUCUACCGUGACUUAAUGUUGUUCUGCUGUUGAGUUUGUUGGCGCGAUAAUGAUGUCGCUGUGUUCGUGUCCCUCAGUAUCUCGUCUUUUUUUCUUUUCUUUUUUCUUUUCUCUCUAUAACAACUAUGUUGUCAAGUUUAAUUAUUAUCAUUAUUAAAUAAUGUGAAUUAUUUAUUAUGAUUUGACAUCGUCAAAGAGCUUACGGCUAGUUUAUUUGCAAGGUAAAAUUUGAUGGUGAUAUAUGUUAU